AAACACCUUAUUUUAUGUGAUUCUAAAAUCCCCUAUGUGAAAAAUGAAUGGUGGAAAAACGAUUUGAACCAUUUCCACAGACAACUGGUAGUAAGUAAAAAAAUAUUUGUACAUUGUAUUCAACAUUUUGGCUUGUAAGGAACAUUUACACGAUUUUGCAGGCAUUUGUUUCAGGUUGUAUAUACCAAUUAAUUGUGUAUUACAGCCUGAUUAAUCCGACUAGCUAGCUAGCUGCUUCAGCCAUGCUAAAAAUAAAAGUAAUGUAUGCCUUUUAACUAUCUGCAUUGCAUAUAUCUCUAUUAAUUAUCAACUCAUGCAAGUAAUCAAUAGUUUUUCUGGAUUUGGGCAGACAAAAACAAAAUCCUCCAUCCAUUUCCCUGAGAGCAACACUGGAAAGAUGAGCAGUCCUCCCAAAUCGACAACCAUACCUCACAUUGUAAAAGAGGAGGUAGAUAUGAUAUAAUAACAUGUACAUUGUGUGGUGUAAAUGAGUCUCUUGGUUUAGCUAUAUCACAUUACUCAACGGUAUUCUCUUCAGGUCAUUGCAUCUGGGAAAUGGUUGAAACUUGAGAAGACCACGUAUGUGGACCCUGUUGGAAACACAAGGUAUGGAACAGAUCAAUGAGUUGCAUAAGUUACUUUUGAUAAAAAAUAUUUGUUCCCUUUUACAAUUCAUUUCUGUCUUUCAAUAGAACUUGGGAGACUACGAAAAGGACAACCAGACAGGCCAACGCAGCAGAUGGUGUGUGUGUGUACAUACAUUUCAUACUGAUGGAUAAGCAGUGACAUUAUAGAAAUUGAUUCCUGUGUUAUAUUCCAGGUGUGGGGAUCAUCGCCCUUCUGAAGAGGACCCUCCACAAAGACUGCGUUGUCAUGGUGAAGCAGUUCCGUCCACCAAUGGGGUGCUGUACCCUAGAGUUCCCUGCAGGUGACAUGGGUUUACAGUCACAUCUCAAAACUCUGUUCAGACGCAGUGUAUGUAGGCCUGUCAUUGCUGUGUUUUGCCCUUCUGUGUUCUGAUAUCUGUGUUUGCUGUCUGUGUGUUUUUUUUGCUGUUGCUCAGGUCUGAUUGACGAGGGUGAGAGUGCAGAGACUGCUGCUCUGCGAGAGCUGAAGGAGGAGACUGGUUACAAGGGGGAGGUGGUGGGAGUCACCCCAGGUAGGUCUAAUGAACACACACACUCAAAACACAGGACCGAUUAUGUCCAUGUUCCAUCAGCGAGGAGAAAUUCAAUAUGCCUGUGAUCCUCCUUUCCUCUCCCCUUCUCCUGACCUCGCAGUGACCUGCUUGGACCCUGGCCUCUCUAACUGCACCACACAGAUCGUCAUGGUGAACAUCAAUGGAGACGACCUCGAAAACACCAACCCCACACAGCAGCUGGGUAAGUUAGGGGUCAGACUCUUGGAAUGUUAUGAAUCUAGAAAAUGGGAUACAAUGUUUUUUAUUGUCAAGCUGAUAUGUAUUGUACAUUGUCCUGAACUUGUUCUUAUUUCUCUGCUUUCCUCCCUCUCUUUUACUAUUUUCCAGGUGAUGGAGGUAAAUCUUUUUUUCUUCAUAAUCACACUUUUGGUAUUUAUCCACUAUUAGAAUAACGUUGACCUAAAUCUUAUUCUGGCCUCUGUUUUACUUCCAGAAUUUGUUGAAGUUCUUCUUCUACCUCUUGAUGAAUUCCAGAGUAAAAUUGAUGGUGAGCAACGAUUGAAGUUUCUUCUUCACAAUUCAUAAGUCAUAGUGGAAUCCAAUUUGAGACAGAAAAGCAUACUAUUACCGUUAUUAUAUUCUGCUUGUGAUUACCUGAAGAGAUCAUAUUUGCAUGAUUUCCCCCCCUCCUACAGACCUGAUGAAGAAGGAGAAGAUUGUGGUGGACUCUAAGGUUUACAUCUACGGCAUGGGGAUGUCCCAGGCCUUCUUUAAACCCAAUGAACUCAGAGUGCUCAAACAGUGAGAGAAGGAUGGGGAGAGAAAGUAAAGUGGAGAGAGUAAACUAGAUUGAUGGGAAUAGAGGGAGAGUGCAUUAGGCUGCCUACUCUUUUGUUGUAGUCUCUGUUAUACUACGAAUAUGGACUAAACCAGGGAUGACACUGUCAACAGGGUGGCCAUUUUGUGGCUUUAAGCUGUUGUCUUGGGGAUCAGUCCAUGAGAUUCAUGGAGUGUUACCCUACAGCUUGUAUUAUCUAAGACCCACC